CUUAUCAAUUCACGAUCUUUAAAUCAGGUGCCACCAAUUCAAAGCAUGAAUUGAGCUGAUCGUCUGAAAUGAAGCUGCUGUCUGCUAUCUGUUUCGGAAAUAUCUGUGUUGAUUAAUAGCUGAGGUGAAGAAUCGAAAGUGCAUUGAAGGAAAGCUAGUUAAGCAGGACACCAUCCUUUCUUGAAAGCCGGAAGCAAUAUCGUGCUCUGAAGCCUGCAUUUCCUUGUUAGUGGGUUAGUGGCAUCCAUACCGCCUCACCAGCAAAAGCAGCAUGCACCGCCAAGCGACUGCACAUUAGCCCAAAAGCAAAACAAAAUCCCAAAACCAGUUUCGUUUUGGCCGCCCCACUGCGGUGCUAAAGAGCGGGUCAGCCCCACAGCUUUGGCUCUCUUAGCUGUGCUAGCAGCGCGAUCUCAGCUGGUUUUGUUGUCGGAGCUGCCGAAAAUUACAAUUUUUGCACAUUCGCCAAUUGGGGUUUUUGAGUCUGACGCGGUUGCUCGGUGUCUAAACAACGUUGCGCGCUGUGUUACCCGUAGUUUACACAAUUCCGAUUUGCGUUUGGCCGAGAAAUGUGCGUUUAGCGUCUCAUUUAGAUUUAGACACCAACGGGUGCGACACUUUGAAGAAACUCGCAUCGAGAGGUCGUUGCCAGCUUCGUGACCUGCUUAUCCGAGAUGAGAUUGCUUGUGCUGCUGUGGCUGCCGCUGCCAUUUCUAAGCAGCCUCUACCUGUGCAUCGGUUAUGCAACUGCCACCAAGGUAUCUACCCCUCGAGGGGUUGCACAAUACAGGCUCCCGCAACCCGCGCCUGCACUAGUGCUGUCAGACAGUGAAGCUGUACAAAUGAGGGCGGGAGGAGCAGCUGGGCGGAAUGAUACGAGCCAGGCAAGAUCUCAGACGGCAUCGGACCAGCGUAGGCGCACACAGAUUGUCCGGCGACGCAGGCCGGUCAAUCGAAACUCCAGCACGUCGACCACCACAUCAACGACAUCCACAACAACCACGUCGACCACGACGAGUACAACAACGGCCCGUCCCAGCUUGGCCAAUGGCUUCAAUUUCUUCAAUCCGAGCUUCUGGAGCUUUGGACAGCAGAGUCUGGUUGCAGUUCGGCCGCCAACCAAGCAACCCCAUCCGCCCAAGAAGUUCAGUUCCAAGGAGGAAAAGAUCAGCUAUCGAAAGCCGCCCAAGACCACCAUUAAACCCAGAUCCAGCCCUACCACAAGGACAGCCACAACCACAACUACAACUGUGAGGCCAUCGACAGAUGGACCGUUCCGUAUUGCUCUGCCCACCCUGACAUUUUCCAGCGGCGAGGGCAAGGAGCGGGAUAGGGAGAAGGAGAAACGAGCUGCCGCCGAGCUACGGCUGCGCUUUAACUGUCCGCGGGAAAACGAGGUGCGCUUCCAGCUAUUCCCGAAGAUCUGCAAGACGGACAAGGACUGCGCUGUCUGGCAGCGGGACGAGCUGUGCUGCGACAUCUUUGGGGCCAGCAGCUGUGUGUCUGGAGUGGCGAAGCCCCUGGAAGAGGCGGUCCAUGCACCCAUACUCGGCCUGAUACCUCGCAAGUGCCCCACCAGGCCGCUGGCCGAGCUGUGGUGGGAUGUCCAGGAAUGCAGCACGGAUAUGGACUGCUGGCCAAGAGUCUGCUGCCCCGACGGACGAAGACGGUACUGUCGCACCUCCCAGCCAGAGCUGGAGACUGCCCCGGCGCCAGUCAAGCGUUCCUUUGACUAUCGUGAGUGUUGGACUAACUUUGGAAUCUUGCGAGUAUCCGAUAAUUAUGAAUCUUCUUUGUUGCAGUCACCGAGUAUCUGGAGUGCACUGCCCCGCCGCCACCAAUCUUUGAUCUCCACCCAAAGGCGUGUACCUCAACGCUGGACUGUUUCCCGAACGUGUGCUGCCAGGAGGCGGGUCUCCGGCACUGUCGUCCGCCCAAGAAGUCUGUGCUCACACUGAUGGCCAAUUUUCUCAAUGUGGACUUCGUGAAGCGACUCACACAGAACAUUGUUAUCAAAUAAGCCCGGCACUUUACACCCAGUGCCACCAAUCGUAUGUGUACCUUAUGUACGACGUAUGUACAUCGUUGUAUAUACAGUCGGAUCUGCUCUGUGUGAGUGCACCUUCGUUUCAACAAUUUCAGAACUGCCGCCGUGAUAUCUCGCUCGUAUUUGUUUACCUAAGUUGAUAAACACACAACAAUAUGUACACACAAUAUACAUACAUAUGUAGACAUACUGCGCAUUAUGUAUACCGAACAGUUCAGUUCCAUUCCGCGUCUAAGCCUGUACCGAGGCGUCCUAGUAUUAGAUGUAGCACAUACACACUUCUUAAGUUUCUUUCGUAGGCUUAUACAAAAUAAAACACCAUUAUUCGUACACUA